AUGAUGGAUAACUUUAAUGUUACAUUUAUCACUUUUACUGGUUAUGUGGAUUUACAGAGUUACAGAUUACUGUAUUUUAUCAUCAUGUUUAUUGUAUAUGUUUCAAUCAUUUUUGGUAAUUUGACCAUAUUCUGUCUCGUUUGCAUUCACAAAAGCCUCCAUGAGCCCAUGUACAUUUUCAUUGCUGCUCUGUUGCUGAAUUCUCUUCUUUUCAGCACAAAUAUUUAUCCCAAACUUCUGAUUGACUUUUUAUCUGACCAACAGAUCAUUUCUCUUUCUUUAUGUCACCUGCAGGGCUUUAUUUAUUACACCCUUUGUGGCGCAGAGUUCUUUUUGUUAUCUGCAAUGGCUUAUGACAGAUAUGUGUCAAUAUGUAAGCCUCUCCGAUAUGCAAGCAUUAUGAAGAAAUCCACAGUCUGUGUUCUGCUGGUUUUAGCUUGGCUCUUGCCUGCAGGUCAGCUCGUUCCAUCACUUUUAUUGACUAGUAGCAUGAAGGUCUGUAAUUUUAAUUUAAAUGGGAUUUUCUGUAAUAAUGUUAUCUCCAAACUGUACUGCACGGGUUCAUCUUCAGCAUAUGUUAUUUAUGGAGUGUUUUUGAUUCUUAAUAGCGUAUUUUUACCUUUGAUUUUUAUAUUGUUUACCUACUCAAAAAUCCUUUUAGUGUCCUAUCGCAGCAGCAUGAACGUCAGGAGAAAAGCUGCGCAGACGUGCUCGCCUCACCUGCUGGUCCUGAUCAGUUUCUCCUGUCUGUGUUCUUAUGACAUUGUGAUCGCUCGACUGCAGAUAGAUUUGCACAAAACUGCACGUUUUAUCAUGACUUUACAAGUGGUGCUGUACCAUCCGCUCUUUAAUCCCAUUAUUUAUGGUGUCAAGGUGAAAAAGAUCUCAGAACUCCUGAAGAGACUUUUUUUGCAAGGCAACAUCAAUAUGUGCUUUAAAAUAAACGUUUGGUAG